AAACUCUACAACUGCAAGAGGACAGAAGAUAAUGGCUGUAUAUAUAUAUAUAUAUAUAUAUAUAUAUAUAUAUAUAUACAUACAUAUACCAGUGUAGUGUUGAUUUAAAGCCCAGGACGGUGUAGUGCUCUAUCCAACAUACUCGGUCAACCGGUAAAAAGCAACAAAAACAGCCGUAAAGACACUUUUGGGGGCGUUUCGCUGCCUGUUUGGAUCGAGAUGAGCUCCAACUGGGAGGAGUGUGUGUACACUGUGGGGUAGCAACAGUAGGAUGAGCAGCCCAAGAGCCAUCACAGCCUGCGGGGACUGACAUACACCGCUACAAAUACGGCAGUCGAUGCAGUCUUCCAGAGGCUCUCCCUUCCUGUGGCUGAGAAACCAGCAGCAGCAGCAGCAGCAGCAGCAGCAUGUCCCGCGUCUCCUCCACCGCCAAGCGCUACGCUGGCCCCUCCUACACCAGCCACUACAGCUCUUACAGCUCCUCCCUGACCCCGGGCCUUAGCUCCUACGGCGAGCGGGACAGGCUGUCCUCCUACAAGUCCCCCACCUCCUCCUCCACCUCUUCCUCAGGUUACUCCUCCUCCAGCUAUCUGAGCAGCUCCGCCGCCCGCAGCCGCAACUACAGCACCUCCUCAGACCCCGACCGUGACCGGGGUCGAACCGUCCCACGCACUGACAUCCUCGGAAGCAGCAUCAGCAGCCGCCGGAGCGAGAGCCUCAGCAGAACCCCUGUCAAGAGCUACGGAGGGUCGGGGCUGAGUGGGGGAUCGGCCUACACCGGCUACAGUUCCUACUCUUCGUCCUCGGCCCACUCCAGCUACCUCUCCUCUUCACCGGUGGCCUCCAGCAUCUCUCUCAACCGACGGAGAUCUGUAUCCCAGAGUGACUUGAGCAGGGACCUGGCCUCUCUGGGCCUCAAUGAUGCCUCCUCCUCUUCCUCCACCGCGUCUUCUUCCACCAGUGCCCUGCGGAGCUACCGCAGUCGGGCCAACGAUGUGGCCAACUCGUAUGGCACUAGCUCCCGCCCGAGCUACUCAGGCCUGUCACGGAGCUCUACUCAGGAGGCCCUCUCGCGGAGCUCCACCCAGGAGGCCUUCAGCAGCAGCAGCAGCAGCAGCAGAGCAUUCAGCUCUUCGACAUGGGAGCCGAGCAGUAACGGGCUGUCCAACUCCCCCACCAGGGACUCCACGAAUUCAAAGAGUGCCCAAGGCCUUGUGGGACUAAAGAACCUAGGAAACACUUGUUUCAUGAACAGUAUCCUGCAGUGUCUCAGCAACACACACAGCCUGCGAGACUACUGCCUGCACAACUCGCACCGCAGAGACCUUAACAACAACAGCCGCACCAACACAGCCCUCAUGGAAGAAUUUGCCAAGCUGUUACAGACCAUGUGGACGUCGUCCAGCAGUGAGGCGGUCAGCCCGUCUGAAUUCAAAACUCAGAUCCAGAGAUAUGCUCCCAGAUUCGUGGGAUACAACCAACAGGAUGCUCAGGAGUUCCUGCGUUUCCUCCUGGACGGCCUGCACAACGAGGUCAACAGGGUCACCGUCAGGCCGAGAGGCACUGUGGAGGACUUCGACCACCUGCCGGAUGAAGAGAAGGGGAAGAAGAUGUGGAAUAAAUAUCUAGAGAGAGAAGACAGUAAAAUAGUCGACCUGUUUGUAGGGCAGCUGAAGAGCUCGCUAACCUGCAGCCACUGUGGUUUCUGCUCUACUGUCUUCGACCCCUUCUGGGAUCUCUCUCUACCUAUCGCCAAGAAGGGCUACGGUGAGGUGAGUCUAAUGGACUGCAUGCGGCUCUUCACCAAAGAAGACGUGCUCGACGGGGACGAGAAGCCGACGUGCUACAGGUGUAAAGCAAGGAGGAGAUGCACGAAGAAGUUCACAAUACAGAAGUUCCCCAAGAUCUUAGUGCUGCACCUGAAACGCUUCUCUGAGGCACGCAGAACCAGCAAACUGUCCACCUUUGUUAACUUCCCCAUGAAGGAUCUUGACCUGCGGGAGUUUGCCUCCGAAAACAGCACGAACGCAGUGUACAACCUGUAUGCAGUGUCCAACCACUCAGGCACCACCAUGGGCGGUCACUACACAGCCUACUGUCGCAAUCCCAACUCGGGAGAAUGGUACACAUUUAAUGACUCCAGAGUAACGCCAAUGUCCUCCAGCCAAGUGCGCAGCAGCGACGCCUACGUCUUGUUCUACGAGCUGGCUUCCUCCUCGCGGAUGUGAAGCCUCCUGGAGGACGGCGGGCCACAGCACCACUCUGACUGACUUGACGGACAGAUGGAUGGAAAAUAAGAGUGUUGGUGGAGCCAGGGCCUAUUUUGGACUUGUAUUUGGACAUAUAUCACACACGCACACACAAAGGCACACACCCCCACCAGCCUGGAGGCUGCUUCUCUCCACAGAGAGAGCUGGAGAGGGGAACACUCUGAAAACCACAGGAACCUGAUCAAUCUCUCUCCCUCUCUCUGUCCUUAUUCUCGUGUCUUGCUCAUUCUGGGUGGAGGUGUGUGUUUACUGUGUGUGUGUGCGUGUGUUUGUGUGUGUGUGUGUGUGUGUGUGUGUGUGUGUGUGUGCUUGUGUGUGUGUGCGAGGCUGACACAGGGCAAUAAUCACAUCCGACCGACCAACCGGUGAAUCUGUCCCUCUCUAUGCACUGCAAACCGAACUCUCAUCCUGACCGCGCCUUCGCUUCUUGAUCUUCUUGUUUGCCUCGAACCAUUAAAACUCACUUGUUGCAAUUUUGACAUUUUUUUUUUUUUUUGCUUUGAAUUUAUAUUGUUUUUAUGUUUUUUUGUGGGGUGCAGGGGGUUAUUACCUCUGCACCAUGAGCAUCAUCAUCAUCAGCACCACCACUUUGGACUGUGGAUGAAUUGUGCUUAGAGCGUGACUGUAACAGGACUGGUCGUGGUUACAAGGAGCUUACAGCCCACCGGCCCGCUUGGUGUUCAUGGCGUUCCCUUCCACUGCACUACAACACUCCCAUGUCUCUGUUAGCAUCUUCAUCACUCUUCUUCUUCUCCUACGGUGGUUGGGAGGCCGGUGGCACUGUGAGUGUUACAUGUUUUAGAGGACAACCCUCUUAACUUGUGUUUUAUUUAAUUUGUUUUCUCCCACGUGUGGCUGCUACUGAUGUUUUAAAAGUGCUGUGAAUGGAUGAAUGGACAGUCCGGUACGGAUCCGCUGAGGAUUAAUAAUGUAGACGACAAUAACGGUAACAACCCUCAUCGUCAGAAUGAGGUCUUUUCUUCCUCUCUUGUUUCAUGCCAUUGAACAACACGGAAAGAAUGUUUUAAAGAAGAAAAAAAAACACUAUAUCUGUAUAUUUUUAUAUCCCGAUGCAAUAUGGAGAAUGUACUAUUCAAUGGUGCUGAAAAUGACCCAUUACUGUUUUCAGUUGGUUUGUUUCCCAGGUUUCAAGAGAGAAAAAAAAGUUAUUAUUUAUGCUUACAGGUGAUAAUGUGAUGAGUCACACUUUUUAACAGUGGCAGUCAAACACAUGAGUAUAUAAAUAUAUAUAUAUAUGAAUAAAAGUUAACAAAACAGUGGUUUUA